CUGGUAUUUAGCGGUCAUCAAUGCGAAGAAACGUUUGAUACAAGUAUUAGACUCACUUGGUCCUGGAAUGGGUAGAAGUGACCUCACGUUUAUGCUCCGAGGACUUGAGAAGCACUUAAAGACUGCAUCCCAAAGAAGGGGAUUUGACAAAGGUGAAAAGUGGCACGAUCUUGAUGUCACGACGUGGCCAAUAGUAGAGCAUAUCCGAAAACCACUGCAGACUGAUGGCGCAUCGUGCGGGUUGUUCAUGUUAAAUUUUAUGGAAUAUUGGACAGGCGAUAGGCUUUCUGACUGCAUCACUCAGAAAAGAAUGGGUGCGAAGCUCCACACCUUAUCCACUAGGAUUAACUCUAAAGCAAAUUCAGGACAUACUCAGGAUGGACCAGCCAAUGGACAAGGAUUGUUUCAACAUGGCUGUGCGCAUGGUGGCAUGUGAUGAGAUACAAUUUUUGAUAGAGCCUCCCGUGCACAACAUGGACUUAAGAUUUUGUGUAAGUUAUUAUAAUCGCAUAUUUAUUGUCACUGUCAUGGUUCUAAACCUUUUUUUCAUCUCAGUCAGCAAUACUCAGUGGUAGAAAACAUCCACUUUGGCGUGUUAAGCCAGAUAUUAAGGAGUUGGCAACAUUUUUUCAUAGCUGGCCUGGGAUAGACCAUAAUAUAUCAUCAUGCAACAUGUUAAGUUAGGUCUCUUUUCCAUUAUCAACAUGAUUUAUGUGUUUUAAUGCUCACCAC